ACCUGAGGUGGAGACCAGAGCAAUUAGCAGCUGCCAACCAGCUGCCACCCAGGCUGCCCAUCAGAUAAAUUGCAGGGAGGUGAGCUGGGCCUAAGGAGCAGGGUUGGUGGUGCUGUGGGUGGAGUUGUCUGUGCCCAAGGCUGUGGGCUGGUGUGUUCUGCUAUGGAGCCUCAAAGGGGUAAGGGGUCUGCAAGCGCUGCAGGGUCCUGCAGAGCUGGGUCUCUGGUGAGUCUCAGCUGGGGCUCUAGGGCUCACUUUGGGUUCUGGUGGGGCUGGGGCUCUGGGGCUUGGUUUGAGCUCUAGUGGCCACAGUCCCUCCCAACUCCUGAGUCCACUGGUCCUGAGUGCCAUGGCCCGGCGCCCUUCAACCCUGCAGAUGGUCAAAGAGGCGCUGCGGGCCCAGGAUGAGAAGAAGGGAGCCUCUGUCUUCACCAUCAGACAAUUCAUCCUGGCCAAGUACCCCACCGUGGAUCCCAUCCGGCUCAAGUACCUGCUGAAGCAGGCGCUGAGCAAGGGAUUGAGCAGUGGGGAGCUGGUGCGGCCCCGCAACUCCUCUGCUGUGGGGGCCACCGGCACCUUCAUGUUAGCACCCAAGGAGCCACAGCACAAAUCCUCAAAUCCUGGCAGAGGACAGGCCCCGAAGCCAGGACAGGAAGGGACCACCAAGGCCCCCUGUGCCCCUGUGGCUGGUGCACAACAACGAGGUAAAGGGCUUCUGGGGCAUGGGCCACCCCGUGCUGCCUGGCCCCACCAGGACUCACCCACCACCCCGUCUGCAGGUACCGCGAGGCAGCAGCUGACAGCCACGAAGAGGAAGCCAAAAGCAAAGCCCGUGGAUGCCCAGCCACGAGCUGCAGUGAAGCCUGGGAGCGAUGGAGCAAAGCCCCCGCGAGCUGCCAACCAUCCCCAGGCCCCUGGCACGGGGCGUUCAAGGCCCCCACGAGCUGCUGACCACCCCCAGGCACUUGGCAAAAGGCCCCGUGGGGCUGCGGCUGCUGAGGAUGCAGGAAGGAGCAAAAGCAACAGCUCUGUGGGUGCUGGGAUAAAGGGGCCCCAAAAGGUCCCUGGGGGAAAGAGCAAGGGGAAGGUGCUCAAGGAGGCACAGCAGGAUGCCCCCAAGGCACAGAGGGGUCAAGGCCAGGCGAGGAAGCCCCGGGUGACCCCAGGAGCCGGGCAGGGGGAAGCCGGGCUGCAGAAGGCAUCCUCCCAUGGAGAGGACAGAAUGGCUCUGUAGGGGGGCCCAGACAGUCUCACUUAGCCCUGCUUCAGCUGGCCCCAGGCCCUUGGGGUCUGAGCUGCUUUUAGUCCCCAGGACAGGUUUUAACUCUGUGUUUACCUCCUCCUAAUAAAGCUUCUUGACUCACCUCAUGGAAUGGCCUGACUGCUGCCCUGGUGGGCCCCUGCCCCUGGCCUCCCAUUUCCCAGC